AGCUGCAUAGAUAUCUAUGCUGCUUUUUCUCUUCUCCUCACCCUCCCUCUCAUCUUGCUCACAGUAAUAACCCUCCUUCUGUCUAGUCGAUGUCUCAAAUCACAAUAAAAUCUCCAAAACACUGUGCUGAGCACAAGCAAGGCUUCAAGAUUGAAAGAAACUACAAGAAGCUCUUUUGGGCCCUCUCUUCAUUCAUCACUGCAAUUCUUCUACUAUCACUCGCGAUAUGGGUCAUCCUGCGUCCUGCCAAGCCUCAAUUCUCCCUCCAACAAGUUGAUGUCUACCAGCUCAGUCUCUCAGGUUCCCACAUAAACUCUUCCAUUCAGCUCACGCUGCUCUCAAAGAAUCCAAACCAGAAAGUCGCCAUUUACUAUGACGACUUCCAAGUAUACGCAACCUACAAGGGCCAGCUGAUAACUUCAUAUACCUACCUGCCACCGUUCUACCAAGACCAUGAAGAGAGCAAUCUCUUGACGGCCUCUCUGGUGGGAGAUCAAGUCCCUGCGGCUCCCUCACUUGGCUAUGAAAUGGGUCGUGACCAAACUGUUGGAAGACUGGCUUUGAAUCUCAAGGUAAGUGGAAGGCUACGGUGGAAAGUGGCAACGUCGGUCACUGGGCAUUAUGGGUUCCAAGUUAAUUGUGUUUCAGUCAUGGCCUUCGGACCCUCCGUACCUCCUUCUGCUCCUCUCACUUCAAACCAGGCUGCUCAGUGUUCUACCACAGUUUAAACUGAUUUCCAUUAGUAUAAUGAAUCUACUACUAUCAUUUCUGAGAUCUGCUUUUGGUUGGUGUAAUUAAUUUACUUAUGCGUGUAUGUUUGAAUGGUAAGACUGGAAGUUAGCAUUUAACAAGUGUGAAUUGAAAAGGAGAAAAAAUAGUGCCUGUCAAAUCCUUAUCUGUGGUUCCCCUUGUUGUCAUUCCUUCAGAGAGAUUCUUUAUCGUGUCAUAAGGGACAAAUUGGACGGUACAUAUAGACAUCCAUACUAGACGUAAGUCUUAAUUCUAUUUUUAGGUAAAAAAAAAAAAAAAAGUAUUAAUCUUCUUCCCUUUGGACUUGUUUUACGCCGUUUGGGAAUUUCACGUCCGCGUAUGUGCAUGGGGAAGUGGAUUCACAAGUAUUGGGGUGCUAGGAAGAAAAGAAUUUCACUUGAAGAAUAUGCAAUGGAGAUUCCAAGACAAACAAACAAGACCAAAAUUGGUGGUUUUCUCGCCAAGGUUCUGCAGAUUUCAUGUCAAUUCCCUACCUUUAAGAAUCAUAGACCAUAGGCAUGCCCAAGAUAUGGAAUUGUACAGCCAUGUCUGAAAUGAAUACACCCAGGACGGAAUUUCAACACUUGGUUU